AUGAUGUCUCUUAGAUCUCCGCUGAGGGCAUUCCCGACCUCGCUUCGGAUACCGCUAAUCUCCGGGACUUCGCGAAACUGUCUCAGAUAUGCCUCACUCAAUUCUGCCAUCGGCCGCGGGAUUCGCAGAUCACAGAGUGUAGAGGAUCCCAGUAACCUCUCUGACGACAACCGUGACCAUUCUCGUGACGAGAGAUCGUCGUUUAGGCCACGGGAUAACCGGAGAGACAAAGAAGGCCGUGACGGAUUUUCAAACCCCGAAUUUCGAAGAGACACUUUUAAUCGAAAAGGAGGCUUUCAGGGAUUGCCUCACGAAUAUCAGCGAGAUCGGGCUCCGCGAAGAUUUCGUACCGAAAAUGAUUCUGUAACUGCAACCAGGCGUCAUCAGCAAAACUACAAUCCAACUACAGACGCGCGAAGCAAGCACCGUGCAGGCCAAAAUGAAUGGAGGAGAAAGGAAGGCCACCCUGGGCCUCCAGCGCAAGGGAUUGAUGAAGACGAAUUCAUUCGGACAGGCAACUUUCGUGCAUUGCCCCUUGAACACCAACGGUUUAAAAGUGCUCUGAAGCCGCGCGACUACCAGGAAUCCCAUUCCGUGAACAAGAGCCGCCCAUCGUCGCAACAUAGCUCCUCGGCCCCCUCUCCACGUAAGGAACGUUCGCGCCAAGAUAAACUCGCAGCGCGCCAUAGGGCUACAGAGAAGAAACCCGAACGAGUGAAAGAACAUGUCAAAGUCCCGGAUACAAUCCCAUACACCACGCCCGCCUCCGAGUUCAUUUAUGGAACCACGGCUGUUGAAGCUACAUUGCGCUGUAGCCAGCGGCAACUAUACAAGCUCUAUUUGUACCAGGCAGCCGAAGAGGAGGAACUAAGUAAUACUAAAGUAGUAUUGCGGAAACUUGCUCUGUCAAAGAAUGUCAAAGUUAAGUUGGCAUUUGCCGAAUGGGACCGAUUACUCGACAAAAUGAGCGCAGGGAGACCCCAUAACGGCUGUAUCCUCGAGGCGUCACCCCUUCCGCGAACGCCUGUCCAAGCGCUCAAAUCCGUUGAACUCGAAGAGGCUCAAUUCCGAGUGGAACUUGCACCACAAACCAGAGAAGAAGCGAGUGUCAAUGGUACGAAUGACCGCAUAACAAUCAACUUUUCGGCUGCCCAACAAUAUAGGAGACAGCCACUCGUCCUUUUACUUGAUGGUGUAGUCGAUCCAGGAAACUUAGGCGCUAUACUUCGCUCCGCAUACUACCUUGGGGUCGAUGCCAUUGUCUUCGCCGGUCGAAACUCGGCGCCUCUGUCCCCAAUAACCAUCAAGGCCUCUGCCGGCGCCGCCGAGAACAUGACUCUCCUCGAGGUUAAGAACGAGGUAGAGUUUAUUCAGCGUUCUAAAGCCAACGGCUGGCGAUUUUAUGCUGCAGAUGCUCUUAGCUCGGACGCUACCUAUCUGGAUCCUACUUCGCUCUAUGACAGCAACCCUGUGACAGCUGGCGAGGGCGAACCUGCGGCUGGGAGCCCUAUCGGCCAAUCACCCAGCGUCAUCAUGAUGGGCAACGAAGGCUCUGGAUUAAGCAACCAUAUCAGAUCACAGGCCGAUUCUAUUGUGAGCAUUCCCGGCGCUAGGAUAAUCCCUGGCAUCGGAGCCGCGUCGGAUCCUGCUCGAGUCGACAGUCUUAAUGUGAGCGUCGCUGCGGCGUUGCUUAUGGAGAGGUUCCUCCGCGUUCCGCUUGGAGUUAGCCCUGUGCCGCGAAAACAGACUACUCGAUGA